AUGUCCUCAUCUAAGCACGUUGUCUUCGACAUCGUUGGUACUCUUGUCUCAUACGAUAAUGUUUUCGACGCCAUUGAUACCCGAUUGGGAGACCGAUUGCGCGCAGAGGGAAUCAAGCCCCGUCUGCUGGGAUUUACCUGGAUGGAAGCAGCCGAGCGCGAAUACACCAAUCUAAGUCUUGCCCAAAGCUACGUCCCCUUCGGUCAAGUCUUCCGCACCCUAUUCUAUCGUAUGCUCUGGAUGGCUGGCAUUGCUGAGCCACGGACCUGGGCUUCCCCCGAAGAUCUGGAGUAUAUAAUGGCGGAAUACCAACUUCUCAAGUUCCGUCCAGGUGCGGCAGAGUGUGUUCAGAAGCUGCGUGAUGCAGGCUUUACCGUGUGGGCUUUUACCGCAGCUGAUAUCAAGCGUGUUGGGGGCUAUUUCAAGAACGCGGGCGUUGAGCUGCCUGCGGAGAACUUGCUCUCUUGUGAUGACGUCGGUGUGGGUAAGCCUGACUUGGCGGCUUAUCGUCCUUUGCUGGAGAAGCUGAAGUCGGAGAAUGAUGGGAAGACGCCUUGGUUUGCGGCGGCGCAUAUGUGGGAUGUCUCUGCGGCGAGGAAGGCUGGAUUUAAGGGGGCUUACUGCUCUGUAUGGGAGAAGGAGUCUCUGUCAGAACUUUUUGGAGAAAUGGAUGUUUUGGACGAGACUUUGCCAGGGAUGGCAGAGAAGAUCAUUGCCCACCAGGCGUCAUCUUGA